GGGUGGGGGGCGGGGGGCAGUUCUUGCCUCUUUCCCGGGAAAGGCGAGUGGGGCCUCCGCGUCCGGACUCGCUUUGUCCCCGCCUGCCUCAUGGAGCGCUCCGGGGCCAUGACGGACAUGUACGACCAGGCGUUGCUGGGGAUUUUGCAGCAUGUGGGCAACGUCCAGGAGUUCCUGAACAUCCUCUUCGGCUUCCUCUACCGCAAGACCGACUUCUACCGGCUGUUGAUGCAGCCCUCGGACCGGCUGGGCUUCCCGCCUGGCGUGGCCAAGAGCAUGGCCGUUCGGGCAUUCAAAACCUUUGAACAUCUGGCCCGCCAAGAUGAUGAGAAAAGACAGCAAGAAAUUGAGGGGAAGUUGAAGAAAAGAGAGGCGGACAUGGUGGCUGCAGGAGAGAGAACAAAGGUGCCUCCUGCUGUUGAGGAGGUUGAAAUCACCUCGGCAGUGGAGCAGGACUCUGGAUUGGAAAGUGGAAAGGCUGCAGAUGCAGAGGAGCCUGUAAAAGCAGAAGAAACCAUAGAAGCACAAGUUGCUGAUACAACAGCAGAACUUCCGGUAUCUGUUGCUGCCCCUGUAGAAAGUGAACAAACAGAAUUCCCCAGGAAACAGGAACAAUUCCAGGCAAAUCCUGACAGUUAUAAUGGAGCUGUGCGAGAAAACUACACUUGGUCUCAGGACUAUAGCGACCUGGAAAUUAAAGUUCCAGUGCCCAAGCAUAUUCUGAAAGGGAGACAGGUUUCGGUGGACAUCAACAGUAGUUCAAUCCAUGUGUCAGUGGUAGAGGAAAGUGGACACCGAGUGCUCAUGGAAGGUGCCCUUACCCACAAGAUCAACACAGAGAACUCUGUCUGGAGUUUAGAACCUGGAAAAUGUAUUCUAAUUAACCUCAGCAAAGUAGGUGAAUACUGGUGGAGUGCCAUUUUGGAAGGCGAAGAACAGAUCGACAUUGAUAAAAUCAAUAAGGAGCGUUCUAUGGCCACGGUGGACGAAGAGGAACAUGCAGUGCUGGACAGACUGUCUUUUGAUUAUCAUCAGAAACUUCAAGGCAAACCCCAGAGCCAUGAAAUGAAAGUCCAUGAGAUGCUGAAGAAGGGCUGGGAUGCGGAAGGCUCUCCAUUCCGAGGGCAGAAGUUCGACCCUUCCAUGUUCAACAUCUCUCCGGGGAACAUGCAUUUUUGAUGGUAGCAGCAAGUGAGGAGGAGGAGGAGAACAUCGUGGCCUUCAUCCUUGACACGAACCCGAUGCUACUGCCAGACUCUUGCAUCUGGUGCAAGAAGGGUCUCUUGUUGUCCCUGCUUGUUCUUUGGGGCUUGUUUGUAAAAUGACAAGAUUGUUAAAAAAUGAUUGGCAUGUGUGGGCUUGCUUUUGGGGAGGGGGCAGAGAGGGAAUUGAAGUGGGAACGUGGGUGUAAGUCCUUCCCUCUAGCUCCAGGUUAGUGCUUUUGAUAUUUAUGUGGGGAAAACCUAGCAAAAGCAGCAUUACGUACUGUGUCACCACGGCAACCAGCAGCUGCUGGUAGCAUUUCCUUGUCUCCUUAAUGGAUUCAUUUGUUGCUUAGGGGGGUGGGGGUGGGAAGAAGAGGAGAGCUUGGUUGAAGGUAUUCCUCCUCCCCUUUUCAGAAAUAGAUGCAGCUGGGUGAAAUGGUGACAACUUCUCACUGGCUUCCUUGAAACCGCCUCCUGUGUGUGUGUGUCUGUCUCCCCGCUCUCCAGCUUUUAGGGAACCCAAACUCCUCAGUGUGCUGGGCAGCGACAACAAUCUGCAAUCAGUGUCAUUUGAGCAUGAUCUAAAUUGUGGGUUUGGUCCUUGAGACCCAAGGAGUGGGAGGGGAACAUUGGAGGAUCAGGCAAGUCUGUGGAAACGAGCCAGUCCAGAAGGCAACACUUGCACCAGCGUUUCUAUGACGGCCUAUGAAGCCUGGCCAACAAAUAACCAUAUGAAAGAGGGCACACUUACAGGUUCUUCAUGCUGUGGUUUUGCUUGUGUUUGUGAUUUAGAGAUCACAGAACCUCAGAAAACUGCAGCUCUCUCCCUCUGUGUCUCUCCCCCUCUCCCUCCCUCCCUCCCUCCCUCUCCUCCCCGCCACUCUCUCCAAAUGCUCUAGCCAGGAAGCUUUCUGAGCUCAUAGCCCCAUUGUCCUCAUUUCCCCACCUAUGAUUAUAUGAAGUGCAUAAUUGUAUUUUAUGCAUUUCUGGGAUUUUUAUCAACAGGAGAUGGGGUAAUCAGGACCAUCUGGCAGAGGUUUUAAGAGCCCUUUUUGUAUAGAGCGAUCCCAACAAAAUUAGCCUCCCUCCCCCCCAGCUGCUAUUUGCCCCAGAAAGAAAACUGCUAUUAAGGCCAAUGGUAAUUUUCCUCCUAGGGCAGAGCAAUUUCCAUAUGUAUGUAUGUAUGCAUGCAUGUGGCCAUUGUGAUUAUCUUCUUUAUAACUCUUUUUUUUAAAAAAAUCAAACAAGGAAAAGUCGCCCUCCUAUAGCUGGAUAGGCUAUGUCCUUUUAGGGACCUUUUAACUAGUUCCACACUUGUGACAUUACAUAAGAACCCUCUACUGUGUACAUAAUAAGAAAUAAAGAGAUGGUACAUUUUCAUUGGUCCAUUUAUAACAAAAGCCCCAACCCUGUCAAAAUAUUAAAAACACACUUUAAGGGAGUUGAAUCUGUAAACAGGCUUCUCAGAAACUAAGAGUUGUCUCUUCUGUCCUGAAGGGGAGGGGGUCCACGGAUAGAAUACAUGCUGUUUGUGGGCUCAGUUUCCCUGAGUGAAUUAUAAUUCUGACAACAAAGUCUGUAUAACAAUGGCAAAGUCUAAUUUCACAGAAGAUGUGUCCAUCCAGAAGGUGUUCCACCCUGUGAAAGCUGGGCACAGAAUUGACAAGAUUUGCUUUUUCAGAGGUGAUCUUUUCAUCUUCCAGCAAGCUGAUAGACAAUUGAAGAAAAGAAAAAAUAGAAUGACGAUGUCAUCUAAGGAACCAGAAAGCAACAUAUAAUGUCAAAAAAUAUGGAUGAAUAUGGAUGUAGAGAAUGUGGGUUGAUUGGAAACAUGUUGAUUGUUACCUGUAUCAUUUUAGACUAUGACUGAGUGAAAUACUGAAACUGCACAAAACAUCCCAUUAAAACAUAAGACUGGCUUAGAGACAAAUGUA